ACAGCCUCCUCCCUCCUUCCUGCAGGCGACCCGCGGAGCAGGGGACGCAGGGGCCGCCCCCGGGAGUGCUGCUGCUCAGCCGCGAAGGGCCGCUCAGGAGCCCGGCCGGGGACGAGGAACACAGGAGUUGGACAAGAAGCUCCUGAAGGCGGCGAGCGACGGGGACCUCGAGGGAGUGAAGAUCUGGCUGGACGAAGGAGCCGACGUAGAGGCGGCUAGCUCAGCGAUGGGCGAGGAGAAAGGGCUCCGUCCGCUCCACCUGGCGGCGUGGGCGGGGCACGUGGGCGUCGUCCGUGAGCUUCUUCGCCGUGGCGCCGAUUUCAAAGCAAGGGGCCGAGACGGAUACUCCGCCAUCCACUAUGCUGCCAGAGGAGGCUUCGUCGAGGUGUUGAAGAUCCUUCACGAGAAUAAGUGCAACAUGAAAGCCAAAACAGACAAUGGGCAGACGCUCCUUCACGUGGCAGCUGACAACGGUAACCUAAAGGCCUUCGAGUGGAUAAUAGAAAAUACAAAUAUUGACCUCGACGCCAAGACCCAUGAUAAGAGCACUGCUUUGGAAUUGGCCCAGAAAGCGAGGCAGAAGAGCAUAGUCACUUACCUGCUGAAGACUCCUGCUCUAGAUGCAUUCCAAAAAAAAGAUUUGAGGAAAGUCAGAGAACUGAUUGCCGGAGGCUUCGACGCGAACGCUGUGUUUCAGGACAAGAAAAACAAAGAGUGCCGGCCCCUUCACCUCGCAGCUGAUGGAGGACAUGUGGAAAUUGUGAAAAUUCUCCUUCAGUCGGGAGCUGAUAAAGAGGCAAAGAAUUACGAAGGCAUGACGCCGCUCCACCUGGCGUCCUGGGGAGGACACGCAGAGGUCAUCGAGGUCCUGCUUCAAAAAGGCGCAAAUGGGAAUGCAAGGACCGACGAAGGCAUGACGGCAAUCCACCUGGCGAGUAUGGGCGGCCACGUGUCCUCGAUGGAGGCGUUGGCGGCCGCGUGUGACAUCCUUUUAGUCACUCGCGAUGGGAAGUCGGCGCUCCACCUGGCGGCCGAGUACGGAAACUUAGGCGCUGUCCAGUGGCUGCAUCUGCAAGGGCUUGCCACUUCUUUAAAAGAUCAAUCAGGCCAGACUCCUCUCCAAUACGCGAAGGACGAGGGACACAAGAAGGUGGUGGAUUUCCUAAAACGUCAUGACGAACAGACCCUCAACCGCAAUGGCAUAGAGUUGCACAAGGCCGUUGCAGCAGGAAGUUUGGUCGAAGUGAGAAGGAUCUUAGACCUCGGCGCGAACCUGAACCUCCAAAGCGUCGUAGACGGGGAAGAUGGUCGCCAAGCCCUUCACACAGCCGCUCUCUUUGGCCAUACGGGAAUUCUACGGGAACUGCUGCAGAAGGGAGCUGACAAAGACGGGAGGGACGGUCGGGGCAACACUGUAGUGCACUAUGCGGCCCUUCACGAAGACCCCCACUUGCUGCGCAACUUACACCUGGAAAACAUAGAUGUGGCAUCUGCCGUGAACUUCAGUGGUGAAACCGCUCUUCAUAUCGCCGCCUCUGAGGGAAACCUGAGAGUUCUCGAAUGGCUCUUGCAGAAGGGCGUCAACGUGAACCAUAAGAAUGCCGUGGGUAUGACAGCCGAAGAGGUGGCCGCCUCGAAGCGCCAGUAUCGCGCUGCUGAAAUUCUGUCAAAAAAAAUUGUAAAGAAUGACAAAGCAGAGGGACUUAAGAGCCUUGGUAAUACAUGCUACAUGAACACUAUCCUGCAGUGCCUCUUCCACAUCAAAGAAGUUACGUCUCUCUUCGUAGAUGAUAAAUACAAGCAAGAAUUGGUUGGACCAAGGAUCCAGGCCAAAGUCACGGAAUCUUUCGCCGCUGUGGUAAAAGCUCUCACUUAUGGGGGGAAUUAUGAAGGCGUUUUGAGAGAUUUCAAGAGUUCAGUGUGCGGGUACGACCCUCUCUUCGUCGGAAACGACCAACGCGAUGCACACGACUUUCUGUCCACCUUCCUCUUUGCCGCGAGGAAGGAAUUCAAAAAUCAAGAUAAUUCUCCCUUCAGUGACCUAUUUUUCGGUAAGGAGCAGGCUGUGAUUAAAUGCGUGAAAUGCAAAAAAGAUGUUUUGCAAAAAGAUGAAAUAUUCUCUUCGUUGACGCUCACAGUCCAGCCAGACCAACACAGAAUCCAGUUACAGAACUUGAUUGCCAGCGCUUACGACGAACAACGGAUUACGUGGGAUUGCAAGAAAUGCAACAGCAAAUUAUGUACAAGGAAGGUUUCUAUCGAGGUUUUCCCAAAGAUUCUUAUAAUACACUUCAAUAGGUAUUCACCGAACAGCAAAAGCAUCCACAAAGCGCCAAUACACUAUCCAGUUAAACUCACAGACAUGAAGAAUUAUUUGUCCAAGACAUCCCGCAGCGGCACCCCCAGCUACCAGCUGCGCUCCGUGGCCUGCCAUCGUGGCUCCAUGACCGGCGGCCACUACACCGCCAUCUGCAGCAAGGACGACAGAUGGUCCAGGUUCAGUGACGAGCAGGUGGUGCCCGUCCAGUCUCCGCAGGCCCAGGAGGCGCACAUCCUCUUCUACGAGGUGGAUGCAGGGAGAAGUCUCUGGACGAACUGGUUCCGUUAAUGUGAAACACUCACACUCAUAAUCGCACACAUACGCGUAACACGCACACACACUUAAACAUAUAUAUAUAUAUAUAUAUAUAUAUAUAUAUAUAUAUAUAUAUAUAUAUAUAUAUAUAUAUAUGUGUGUGUGUGUGUGUGUGUGUGUGUGUGUGUGUGUGUGUGUGUGUGUGUGUGUGUGUGUGUGUGUGUGUAUCCAACACAGUGCCUUAGAAAGUGGGCGUAACUAUGUUAUUUUUAUAAGUUAAGUCUCCAAAAAUUUGGUUUUAAUAUAUUAUGCUAGAAAUAGAGAUGAUAAUUGUUUUUAAAAUGUGGGUAAUUAAUGAUACAUAAAUUGGAUUCAAUUGCAGAUUGUUUCUAUGAAUAAAGUGUGAGUAAGUG